CAAUUCUUAUGAGUACCAAUCACUCCACCCAGCCAAGUUGCCGACACUUUUAUGCAACUAUUGCCUCCGUUUGAAUUGUUUGUCUGAUUUUAAUGUGACAUAAUGUUGAAAAGAAAGUAAAGAAACUCUUGAAUUUUGUGUUGUUAAAAUACAGAUACGUAGAAUAUAUUAAAAUGUAUUUUAAUUUUAUAAAUUUAAAUAUGUUACCCGAAAAGCUAGAAUUAAAGAAUGUUUGAAAUGGACUACAGAAAAAAGUAAAACAAACAAAUUCUAAUGGGGUUAGUAUUAUAUAUCCAAUUGGUUUUUCUUAAGCUUGUUCAAGUACUCCAAUGGCUUUGAACUCAAGCUUGUUUCACUUUUGUAUCUUUAUUUUGGUUGCUUGUUUUGCUCAACCAAUAUCGUGUAUUAGCAGCCAUGAUAGACCUCAAGCGGCCCUUUUCGUGUUCGGUGAUUCAUUGUUUGAUCCUGGGAACAAUAACUACAUCAACACCACUACGGAGUACCAAGCAAAUUGGUGGCCAUAUGGAGAAACCUUCUUCAAGUAUCCCACUGGCAGGUUCUGUGAUGGACGUCUCAUCCCUGAUUUUAUCGCUGAAUACGCUAAUUUACCAUUGAUUCCUUCGUAUUUUGAAAUUGGCAAGAAACAUUUUGAUCAUGGAGUAAACUUUGCAUCAGGCGGUGCUGGUUGUUUGGUCGAAACUCAUCGUGGCUUUGUUAUAGAUCUUCAUACACAGUUGAAAUAUUUCAAAAAAGUCGUGAAACUGUUGAAGAAAAAGGUGGGAGCAACAGAGUCCAAACAGAUCCUCUCCAAUGCGGUAUAUAUAUUUAGCGCUGGCGGUAAUGAUUACUUGGCUCCUUUGUCAACAAAUUCGUAUCCUGAGAGAGAAUAUCUGCAGAUGAUUAUGGGCAAUUUGACAUCUGUUUUGAAGGGAAUUUACAAUGAAGGAGGCAGAAAAUUUGUCAUGCUUGGUAUGAUUCCCCUAGGCCGUCUCCCUAAUAUUAGAGCUCUUAAUGGCAAUUCCAUAAAGAAAAUCACAAACUUGGCGAAAGUGCACAAUUCGGCACUUCCAGGGAUGCUCAAACAACUGGAGAAGCAAUUGGCGGGAUUUAAGUAUACAUUAUUCAACUUGUUCAAAGUAUUUUCAGAAAGCCUUGAUAAUCCAACAAAAUAUGGUUUUAAGACAUCAAAGACGGCAUGUUGUGGGAGUGGUCCAUUUCGAGGGAUUUAUAGUUGCGGAGGCAAGAGGCAAACAAAAGAGUACGAGUUAUGUAAAAACGUGAAAGAUAACUUAUUUUUCGACUCUUUUCAUCCCUCUGAGCUAGCCUACCAACAAUAUGCCCAAGUACUGUGGAAUGGAACUCCAGACGUCGUUGCACCUUACAACCUAAAAUCCUUUUUUGAACUUUCAACAUAAUGUCAUGGUGGCAUUGCUGAAACUGUUUUUUUCUGUUCUAUUUGAGUUCGCUUUCUGAAGAGUAAAUCUUCAGAUUUGAUGAUAUGACUUCAUAUAUAAGUCCUUAUGGUUGAAUAAAGUUGAAACAUUAGUUAGAAGCCUGCAAUGUAUAUUUCAACUGUAUAUGCAAUUGGAGAUGGAUUGAUAAAAGAAUGUCCUUUCGAUUAGGGAAAUAUUGAGAUUAAUAAUCC